UAUGAGUCAUUUCCAAAAUUUGUGAGAUUUUUUGUUAUAUGUUAGUAUCUCAUUGAUUAUGUUAUUCUAAAAAUGUGUUUUAAUCUUAAUUUUUAUCUUAUAUAUGUCUGCACAUACUACUAUAUACAAAAUAGCUAUAUAUUAUAGUUAAGCUAAAAAAAAUGACUUUGAAGGGUCAAAUUUUGCCCAUUUUAGCUUGUCACAAGCCUGAUGGCCCAACUUCAUGAUAUUCAAUUUUAAUCCCAAAUAAGUUUUUGUCAGACAUUUUUGCAUAUAUCUAUAAAGAUGAUCUUAGAUUAAGUAUAACAAAUAAUUUAAAUAUUUUUGAAUGAAAAAUAUAUGAUUUUUUUCCGUUUUUAUGCUUGUCACAAGGUUACAUGUCACUACUGUUAUCAGAACUAAAUAGUUCGAAUAAAUGGCAUCUUCCUAGCUGACUGCUUAAACUACUUCCUGUUCCAAAGCCUUGCUUUUUGGAUGUCAACAUUGCUGCACCUGUUUUUUGGAGACCGCAGAAAUAAAAAAAUUACAACACAUAAGUGCAAAGAAUCAAAGAUGGGUAUGAAUGCGGUGGAAAGCCAAAGGCAUUACAGGCAAAAGGAGAGAUGGCACUCCAGAAGCAUAUUCAUCUCUGGACAGUUUUGCACCUAUGACACCAGUGAUUAGAGACAAUUUGGAAACACCUAUGACACCAGUGAAUCCUGGUCAAUCCAUGAUGCGGGAUGUUCAAGAGACAUCUUCACCCCUGGACAGUUUUCAAACACCUAUGACACCAGUGAAUUCCAACAAAUCCAUGACGCAGGAUGUUCAAGAGACAUCUUCACCUCUGGACAGUAUGGAAACACUUAUGGCACAAGUGAAUCCUGGUCAAUCCAUGAUGCAGGAUGUUCAAGAGAGAUCUUCACCCCUGGACAGUUUGGAAACACCUAUGACACCAGUGAAUCCUUGUCAAUCCAUGAUGCAGGAUGUUCAAGAGACAUCUUCACCCCUGGACAGUUUUCAAACACCUAUGACACCAGUUAAUUCCAACAAAUCCAUGAUGCAGGAUGUUCAAGAGACAUCUUCACCCCUGGACAGUUUGGAAACACCUAUGACACAAGUGAAUCCUUGUCAAUCCAUGAUGCAGGAUGUUGAAGAGAGAUCUUCACCCCUGGACAGUUUUCAAACACCUAUGACACAAGUGAAUCCUUGUCAAUCCAUGAUGCAGGAUGUUAAAGAGAGAUCUUCACCCCUGGACAGUUUUCAAACACCUAUGACACAAGUGAAUCCUUGUCAAUCCAUGAUGCAGGAUGUUGAAGAGAGAUCUUCAGCUCUGGGUGAAGGGGAAGAUGGAAAGUCCCAUGUUAAUAAUGUUUAAGUUUUUUUUGUGAGUUACCCAUGUCUCAACAUUCUUCUACAACAACGUUUGUUUUGAAAAUGUUUUUUGUCUUAAAACCGACAGGUAAACCAGUGAGACAGGUUUUUUCAUUCAAAUUAAAGCUUAUUCAGUUGAUAUGAUGUGUUUGUGUUUGAUAACAUUGUUUGUUGCAUUGAAAGAUGGAAUGUGGAAGUCAUAUAAAAUUUCCUCUUUCAGCAAAAAGUCACUACUGUUAUGCUUGUCACUACUGUUACAUGUAAUGUCACUACUGUUAUCGGCCUAAAUUAUAGAAAAUAAUUAUUAUUGUCCUUUUGUUUUUUGUUUUAUCUGUUAUUAUCUAAUAAAUAAGCAUGUAACUGUAUGUUCUGAAAGAAAUCUGCCAGAACAAACAAUGUUUUAGUACAAGAAGACUUGUGUCAUAACUUAAAAUUUUAUCAAAAU